CCCUCCUUUCCCACCAUCAGAUAUCAUGUCCUUGAAGCAAAUGCUGGAGAAACUCGGGGUUCCCAAGACCCACCUAGAGCUAAAGAAGUUAAUCAGAGAGGUGUCCAGUGGCUCUGAGGAGACGUUCAGCUACUCAGACUUUCUCAGAAUGAUGCUGGGCAAGAGAUCCGCCAUCUUGAAAGUGAUUCUGAUGUAUGAGGAAAAAAGCAAAGAACACCAGAAGCCAACUGGUCCCCCAGCCAAGAAAGCUAUUUCUGAGUUGCCCUAAUUGGAGGUGGAGGACACAUGGUGUGACGGAAGGGUGCCUAAUGACAGCAGCAUGGAAAAAAGAGAAGCAGUUGUAAGCCAUAGUCAAACUAAAUAAAUAAUGCUCCCCUACUGGUCAAGUCAGC